GUUUUCUUUCUUAUUCCAGUUAAUGAAAAGUGGGCUUUUCAGAUAUUUUGACUAUGGCUUGAAGAACAUAGAUAUCUAUAACCAGACAACUCCACCGUUCUACAGCAUAGAGGCCAUCACUGUGCCAGUUGCUAUGUGGACUGGAGGACAAGAUUGGAUUUGCCGGCCAAUGGAAAUUGCACAGUUACGCUUUCGAACAACUAAUGUUGUCUAUUAUAAGGAGUUCCCUGAUUGGACUCACUGGGAUUUUAUUUGGGGCAUUGAUGCUCACCAACGUGCAUACAAGGUAAUCCUUGGCCUGAUGGAGAAAUAUCGAUGAAGCCACCUGGAAUUAAAAUUCCACUGUUCUCAUUGUACCUGUGGAAGUGCCAGACACUCAAGUGUUUUUUGUUUCCUGAGUUUACGUUGACUGUCUUUAUUGUUCAUUUGAUUUGUGUUUAAAUUUGCUUAUCCUUCUGUUUUAUUUAUGAACCAUGGUGUGUUUCUUUCCUACUGAAGAAUUAAGUCUAGAUCCUACUGCUAACUUAAUGUAGAUCCUAAAGUUAUAAACAAUGUAACUUUCUAAGCUUUUAACUUGUAGGCGGGUUUGCAAGUUUUCUUAAAUAAAUAAGUCUGAUCUG